CCAGCUGCUGCGUUCCCACUGCUGCAUUUCAACACGUUUUCCAGAGCCAUGCUGUACUGGAAACACGCAUCAACAUGUUGUUGAUGUGAAUGCAUCGGACCAUUGUGUUCUUUCACACUGCAUCAUCAAUCUCCGGGAUGAAAAAUCAACCACUACAUCCGAGCAGCUCCUCACUAAUAUUGGUAAUGACUGGAGGAGAGCUGGGCUUGAACAUGCUGGAUUAUCAGUGUGCUAUUUUUAUACCUUUCUGAGAUCGAGAGUCGGAGAGUUGGAACAGGGAGAUGCUAUCGUCAGAAAAGAGCAGAUUGUUAGAUUGCUUGGAGUUGUUUGAUUGGGAGGAAAAAGUAACGAAGGUACAUAGGAGGAUCUAGGGAACGGAGAUGCUUUCAAAACCAAGAAAUAUACUCCGUCUGGCUUUAAUAUUUGAUGCAGCUCUACUCGUGAUGAAGGAAAACUAUAACUGACGUCAAAUAUCAGGCAUUCUUUAAUAUCUUCAAAUAGUGACUUAAUAUAAAGCAUGUAGCUUUGCUUUUUUAAUAUAAGUAGGAGAAUUGCAAGCUUGGGUGUUGCCAUCACUCCAUGGUCUGUUUUAUAUGAAAACUGCUUUUUAAAAAGGAUUUGCUUGGGAGGGUUGUGAAUGAUUCUUUAUAAUAAACUUCUAAAGCUCUGAGUUGCUAUUUAGAAACAUGAGGAGCUUGCGUCUCGAGGAGGCACUGGAUUAGCUGCUAAUAUCUUGAUAUUUGACACACUUCAAGGGAGCCAAGUUUUGUCAGAAAUUUACAACCAAAGGAGAAGAAUUUGCUUGUCAAACUGUUUAGCCAACACAGCAGGGAUACCAUAGCUUGUGAUUCUAUAGCAAACAACACUUGUUUAUCUUGAAGUAAAUCUCUGUUUUUCUUCAGUGAAUUGCAAUUGAACAGUAAACUGUGUUUGCAUCUGUCAGACCUUUGAAAAGAAAUACUUUGAUUUAUUCCUCUCCUAUUUUCCAGGAGGAUUGAUAGAAUAGGUCAGAUAAUUGAAAAGCUAUAAAUUGUGCAGAGAAAAAGCUACGGAGGUCAGAUUAAACUACAACUCAACGCAAAACACAAGUGAAAAGUCAGAUGCCUUGAAUGCUGGACAAUUAUUAUAUUAUUGAAAGUUUUUGACUUUGAAACAAGAUAUAGCUCGCAUACUGAUGGAAAAUUGUUGGCUAAUUUCUGAUUUGGUUUGGAACAAAGAGGCCUUUGCUAAUUAGCCAGGGUAGGUUUUGUGUGGGAGGCACAGAUAGGGCCAAAACCAGUAGCAAGGUCUCAGGAAGCGCAUGCUGGAAAAGUUCCCCCUCCCAGUAUAGCUGCUCUGACAGCUCUCUGCAUUACUUGUCUGUCGUCAUCAAGUCAUCGAUGCCUCAAAGUGACUAGCGGGCAGGGGCAUUACUCAGGGACGCUGUGCCACUGCUACAAACGGCUCAUUUCGAGGGAGGGAUACGUUGCCAAGUGAACACGCUCGUCAGUUCCCCUUACUUCCCGAGGAACCAACGUUCGUUCGGAAGCAAUUUUUUUUCUUUAUAAUACCUAAAUUCUCUUUGGAUACUGCCGAAGGUGUGCUGGGAGAGUUGUCCUUGCCCUGCAUCAUUUCAUAUUAUUUCCUUUCUCUUCAUCAAGUUCUUUGUUGCAUUUGGACUAUCAAGGAUUAACCUUAGCAUUGUAACAUUCAGCUAAAAUGAAAACUUGAGCAACAGCCUUUUAUAUCAAUGAGGAAUUUUCAACAACCAUCCAUUUUUCUGCAUUUGCCAACAUCCGAUUGAAGUCUGUACUCAGCACAAGCUUGGAAGGAAUUACUUGGACAAAACUUGUCAAUUUUUUUAAAUAUUCCUGAUCUGACAAACAUCAGUAAGCCAUCAUGAGGAAGCUAAAGAAGUGGUUUAUGCGCAACCGGCGUUCUCGCAACCCAAAUGCUCCUAUACCAGACGUCCCCAAAUUUGAGGAGGGCAAAUCAUCAAGUAGCGAGAAAGGCGCUAGCACAUCUGCAGUCAUGGAGGAAGCAGCCACUGCAGAUCCCCAAGUAUAUUCCAACGGGACCGACACCAUGGAUGUUGCUGACCACGACGACAUCUUUGACAUGAAUGCGAGUGCAGAGGUCACUCAGACGGACGACGAAUUCGAGAACAAUGAGCGAUUGAUGGAGGAAGAGGAUGCAGUAACAAAGAAAGAAUUUGUCGAGGUGGAAGACAUUUUUCAGAAUGACAACAGCAUAAUCCACACCAAUGAUACCGGACAUGAAAAGAUGGACAAAGGGAAAGAUGAAGUAGAAGAUAUCUUUGGAGAUGACCUCCAUACUCAGGAGGAGGAGGAGCAUGAUUAUGAACCUAUAUUUACAGCAGACGCAAGGGAAGAAGAACCUGUCAUAAAAAUUACAGAUGUAGAUACCGAGAGUACCGAACCUGAGGUCGUUUUGGAACCCAAGGGGAAUUUGGACAAUGCGGCGGAUACGUCUGAGCUUGAUGCAGACUUGCCCUUUCCUGAUAUGCCCCGGAAAAGUGAUAUUUCCCUCGAUUGGGAGGAUGUUGUAGAGGAGGAGCAAAAAAGGGAUCAGUCCUCAGCACCUACUUCGCCAUCCACAGACACUGAAGCACCUGCUGCCCCCGUGGCAGAGCAGGAAGACGAAAUAGACGAGGGAGAAGUGGCCAAAUUUGUGGAGAAAAUUUUGAUCAGUUCAAUGAAUGAAGUGUCUAGUCAAGCAGAGGAGGAGGGAGAAAGCCAAAAUGAAAGUUGUGUUGAGGUUCAAAUCAGUGAGCCUGCUUUAGAAACCCCUGAGACCACGGUUGAGUCAGACAAUGUUCUUUCCCUGGAGACUGGGCCAGAGAAGGUUGAUGUUGAUGUUGUCGAUGAGCCAGCUGAAAAAGAGGACUUCUCAGUCAGCAUUAAAUCUCCAGCCAGUGUGCAUCCUGAUAUCAAUGGACUUGCUAAAGAUGAAGCUGAGAAUGAUAAAGAAGUAGAAAUCCAAACUGCUGUUCCUGUGUGUGCAGUGGAAGUAGCAAAGGAAGUGGAAGAUGAAGUGAAAGACAGUCCAGUGAAGGAUAUUAAAGAAACUCCAAGUGCAAGCUCAAAUUUUGUUGACAGUCCGGAUGUAGGGGUAUCAAGAACAUUUGAUAAGACCAAAGAGCUUACGAAAACACCAGACUCUUUGGUUACUGAAGAGAGCAAACCAGAGGUUGAGGUUACCAAGAGCAUGGAGUCAAGUGAAGGUCGACAACGCAAGAUGUCUGUUCCGAAACCAAGGGAUCUAAGGAAAGACUUGACGGGAGCCAGACCCAGCUUUUUUGGGUCAGGCACAUCUGGCCCAAAGCCCUUUCUGUCUAAUACGCUACCUAGGGUAAGUGUCCUUCCCAAAAUCAGCACAUCCUACCAACGUAAGUCACCAACGUCACCGUUGUCUCUAUCUGGGAAUUACUCCAGCUUUGACAGUGGUUUACAAGAACUACCAACAGUUGCAGGACCAGAUUUGACCAAGGAUGACACAAAAGUCAUUAAAGAACUUGAUACCAUUGAACUUCCUCUUAUUGAAACACUGUCAAAACCAACAUCAUCAAAUGCAGCAACUUUAUCAACAGAUAAAGUAGAUCCCAUUGUCCCAACAAAAGAGACCAAGGUGGAAUCUGGUCCCAUGGCACCUGUCUAUGCACACAAAGGUGCAGGGAAGGAUCCAAUUAUCUUGGAUGGUACAUCUCCUGAAGAACUUGAAGCAAUCUUUGCCAAAGACCCAGAGGAAGACAAAACAAAGAAAAGCAUGGGAAAGGACGAUGUCAUGGCAUCAACACGAGUCAGGAAGGUAUCCAGAACAACAUGGAAAGGUCAAGAUGAGUUCCAGAAGUCUAUUGACAAGUCUUCCAUUACCCUUGAUAAGCCGCAAGCUGCCAGCUUAAAGAGAUACGAGGAACGGAAGAAGCAACGAAUCGAUGCAUUUUCAGGAAAAGUCAGAGCCCGAGAAGAUUCUACAUCAGAGGCUGAAUCUGAAGGAAGUCAGUCAUCGCAUAGUGGCCCCAAAAUGCCAGAUGUUGUCCAGUCAGGGGGAAAAGUCUCCAGUAAUGGAAAUCCAGAGUCAGAAAUAGUAGCACCCAAGCUGAACAUGAAAUCUGUUCGUUCACUCUGGGAGCAAAAGGCUGCGGAAGUAGAGCAACGCAGACGUUCUCUACAAACCAAGAGUCGUCCAGUAUCCCAAGGAGAAAGAUCUAGACCAUCCCAAUCAAAGAGUAUCAACAAGUCUUGUGAUGCUCUGGACAACCUAGAUGACAGCAUUGAAGGCAGCACAACCUACUCAUAUGAUGGAACUUCUGAUGAUGGUUCUACCAAGAGGGAAAGUUUGAUUGAAAGGGAUCUUCGUCUACACAAAGAACGUACCCUGGAUAUUUCAAAAGACAGGGAUCGUCUACGAUCGGAAUCCACCUCCUCAAGAGAUGAGAGUCAGCAGUCGGAGACGUCGGAGAGUCUGGACGAUCAGGCUGUGGACAUCGUCCGUGAUACCGAGCUAAGAAGAGACUCUGAUGAUGGAAGGUCAUCACCGAGUCAAAGCAGCGGGUAUAUGUCGGGUCGUUCCACUCCGUCAACUCCUGCAGGAGAUGACAUCCUGAAGGUCAAAACAGGAAAGUCCUCAGGAAAGACUCCUGAGCUGAAGAUGUCAUUGUCACCCACCGAUCCAGAGGCCAGCUCUAACUACAAGGAGUACCAGAAAGCUCUUAGGGGUUCCAAGGCAGAUGGGAAGUUCUCCAAGAGUGCAACCUUCCCAAGGAGGAUGGAAAACUAUGACAAAGAGGGUGAUUCAUCUGGGGUUUCACCGACCAACAGCGUAGGUGACGUCCCUGAUGUGAUCAUGGUGGAUGGUAACAAAGCAACGUCUCCAACCGAUGGGAAACCAAGGAAGGCUAGCAUUGUUCAGCAAGGAAUCAAGCUAUCAAAGACACUAGAGAAGAAGAAGAUCGAAAAACUCGAGAAGAAACCAAGACGCUCCUUGAUGGAGCUGGAGAUUGCAGCCCAGCGUGAGAAGGAGGAAGCAUUCCGUCGAGAACAGCAAACAAGGAAGAUGAGCACCUCCAAAUCGGUCUGCGAAGAGGCCCCGCCCAAGUCUCCUCCAGCCUCGUCAUCGGCAGCCUCCUCAGUCCAGACUUCGCCCAGGAAGACGUCGGUGUCUGGGGUGACAGCCAAGCAGGUUUAUAAGGAUCUGAACUAUGCUCCCCAAACAAACAAAAAGAAGCUUGCCCUUGCCGGCCAUUGGGAACACAAAUGGAAGUGAGUUAUUCUUCGCCCCAUUCUGUCACUGCAACAUUUAUGCCUUACGGGGGCGCUAUUCGUGCUGCAUCACUCAGAAUGUGUGAGGCAUGGAUUAUCCCUUGAAAAAAAGACAUUAUUAUUAUGGGGUUUUGAGGGUAGAUGUCUGCAUUGGCAUGAUGGAGGAGUCGGCUGUAGGAAGGUGCUCCCUUAAACGCUUCUUGCUGGUGCUGUAUAUGUUAAUUACGCAUGGAGCCCAACUGACAGGAAAAUGAAUGCGUGGGACUGGUGAAGGUGCUCCCUGCUGGCUGUUAAUAUUGAAUUAUAUAUAUAUAUAUAAAAUAUAUCAAGAGAGGCCUGCGGGAGAUAACGGCUGACAUCGUAGGUGGGAGAUUCCUCAUCUUCAUUUGUUGCUUUAAAAAAAUUAACAUUACUGCCUGUUUAAUCAUUAAUCACACAUCAUACUCAAAGCUCAUGGAUGAAUGUGGUCGCAGCUGCUCUGUGAAUUUCCACCCGCAUUCAUCCUCCGCAGCAGUCUAUCUAUGUGUCCGUCACCAACCCACCACACGUCUAGGAUCCGAGGUGUCUUGCUGCAUGUUUAUUAAACUCAUAUCUUCCAACAUCUCAGUCUAGCUGAUCGACACUCAGGACCAAAUUUUCACUCUCUGCUGGAGCAAACGUAUCGCUUGCUUCAUCUGUUAUUGUAAUCAUGUUGUAUGUUCAUCUGCAUUUUUUGUAUAAUGCUUCAGUCAUAUCAACGAAAGAAAGGCCAAAACGACCAAUGGUAUGUCAUUGGUAAUAAUGUAAUAGAUUUGAUUGUUCUGGAGUUGCUUUUGCCGAUGUGACUGGAGCACAGUGGUCUGUAGUAUUGAUAGGAUGUGUACUCAGUAUAUGUCUGCAGAUGUACAGUUUGAUCAAAAACAUUUUUGUCUAACACCUGCUUAUUUCAGUGUAAAUAUUUCUAUUUUGAGAUGCAGCAGGAUUGCAAAUGAAUCAUAAUUGAGUGAAAUUAUUAUGAACGAAGGCUAAAGAUAGCCAAAAUGAUUCUUCAGAUUUUCUGUUUAAUCGUAGCAUGAUCAGAAUUUAUCAACAUUUCAAAUUGAUUUUGGUUAGUCCUCCAUCAUGAAACCACCAGAAAUAUACAAAUGCAGUGGUUUGAAUUUUGAAGGGAGUGUCGAUUAAAAUCUACAUACACAUAGAGCUGAAUGGGUAGAUAUUUCCCAAAAGUAAACAUCUUUCCCUGGCAAGAUAUAGUCUUUUUCUUCAAGGUAUUAACCAAUUUUUAACACUCCCUACCCGGGCGAUGAUCUCCAUAGUGGUGAAUGGGUGAUUUCAAGUUCAGUGUUGACCUUUUGGUGUUGGUGUUAGGUCAAUCUUUACACGAUUAUAACACCAAACAUAAAAUGAAGAUGGUCCCGAAGAGUCACUCACUAGUUGUUGAGAUGUCAAUAAUGUGAUCUGGAUCAGUUUUACAAACUCUGAAUAAGUUUUGGAGCUUGGGGAAGCAAUCCAAAUAUCAACACCAAGGCCAAUAAAGGCUUCAUGUUACAUGUACAUCAUAUAUGGUACUUCCAUACUUUCAAGACCGAACACAUACCCUCAAAAGAUCCAUGUUGUACCAUGAAGCCUCUACUUUAUUCAUAUGUAGUUUGCUUGGUUUUGAGCACAUAUGGGCACCAGAUUGGAAUGUUCCACAGGGAGUGGAAUGUGUGUACAUGAUGGUAUGCUAACCUGAUGAAUGACCAAGGUUUAAUACAGCUUUGGAAAUAAUUAUAAGAUCACUUUUCUACUAAACUCCCAUGCAACAUGGUCUAAUAGUUAUUGCUGAAGCUGUACAUGUAUAUACAUACUCCAAACAUUUAUGUACCCUUUUUGACUUCAGGAUUUGGUCACCACAUAGGCCCAUAUUCUGAACUCUGGUUUAAUCUUGACCUUGGUCUUAAGUAAUGGCCAACCAAAAGUGUCAAUUUGUUAACAGUAUAUUCCCCUCCUAAUUAACUGAUAAUUCAACAUAUGAAGUUGAUUUUAUGUUAAUAUAAACAUGUAAUGUAGGUGGCUUGGAUACGUGUAUAGUGGGAUUUUCUAGAACAAAGUUCAGGCUGCUUUAUAUUUGGCAAUUGAAUGCAAUGAAACAUGGUUUUUUUUAACAAGGUCUAGUAUACCUGGGGAGUGUUUCACAAAUCAUCUUGUCAAUGAUUUUCACUCACUUAUUUGCUCUCAGCCAAUCAGAUGCUAGGAUUUCAGUAGCUUAUAUAGUCAGUGGAAAUCACCAUGUUUUAUGAAGUGCUCCCCAGAUUGGUGUCAAAUCUAACAUGUAAUGUAUGUUUGUAAAUAAAUGUAUUGUAAUGCUACAACUGUAUAUUUUCCAAAGAAAUAUAUGUAUAAUAUUUUGUAGAUAUGCCAAUCUUUGUAAUCUAGUCGCCAUGUACUUGUACAAAAAAAGUUCAUCAUACGUGAGAUAUGAUAUAGCAGUGGAAAAGGUUUACUGAAUUGAUUAUUGCAAUGUGUUAUCAAAUAUUGAAAAAAUAUUUGCAAGGUAUUUAAUUUGAGAAUUUAUUUCAAUUAUUUUGUCAUGAAAAGAUUAUAUAUCAUGUGCAUGGGCUUUUGUAAUAUGUUUGAAAGUAAAUUGUUUUCAUGUUUGAUGUAUAAAAAGUGGUUUGCUAAUUUUAUUUCUAAAUUCUAUAGAAAAAGAUGUGGUUUGCUAAUUUUCUCUGUUCAAUGGAAAAAGAGUGAUAUACAGUGGUAGUUGUGUUCUGAUUUGUUGUAUUAUUGCAAAUGUGUGCAUUCGUACAGUUGUUAUACGAUAAAUGUGAAGUACAUAUACGUUUCAGCCAUUACUAAAUUCUUUUUGUCGAAUGCCAAGAAAACCUUGUAUAUUUCUGUAUACUGUUAUACUUGUAGAAACAAAGCAUUGCAUGGCAGCACAAAUAUAUGUAAAAAAGAUAUUAGUACAUCGUAAGAACAUCACUGGAAAAUGUAUUAAAAUAGAAAAAUAUCAUACUUUGAACAUGAGCUUACACGUUAUGCCAUCCCAUCUUUUUUGUCAUUGUGACAUUGUAAUACUUUAUGUAAAUGCAUGUUUUCAAUUUCUAGUUUUUAAUUUAGACUCAUUUUUGUUUUAUCUAUUUUUUAAAUUUGAAUGAGUUACAUGAACUUCAAAAUAAAAAGUCAAGUACAACUUGCCAGUAAAUGCUUUUGAUUUAAUUUCUUCCUUUUAUCUCUGUGUAAUUUUUUGGUUUCGAUACGAUGUAAGAUCAUUUUCUCAAAAUCAUGGAGAUUGGAUAUAUUGUACAAUUAGCAUUAUGAAAACAAAUUAUUCUUGUAAUGGGAAAGCCAUCUACAUGUAGUCAUAUUUUUGUAGUCCAAUAAAUUGCAAAUUGUUGAUUCAAUUUCAACAACUCACUUGUAAUUAGCAUCAACUGUAUAGAAAACCAUUGUGUAUCUGUAUUCCAUCGUAGUUGCGAGAAUAUUAUGUUUGAUGUGAUGAAGUUUUUUGUUUUCUUUACAGUUGUUUCUCUUUUUUGUUGGUUGCAUUAAAUUUAUAUACUGCUUGUUAUUGUAUGGAAUGUGAUAUCACAUGAAAAAUAUAUAUUGUCACAAAAGUGAAAA